GCUGCGAGCAGACCGUGUACCUGAAGAGCGAGAAGUCGGUGAAAACUUAAAAGAGAGAGCACGGACGAUUAAGAGAGGAGAGAAUGAAUUUGAUCCACAACAAAAUAGUGAGCCCGUCUCUCGAAAUCGUACGGUCCGUUUUCCACGGUCGCCUCUUAUAUUUGCAUCCGUUUCUCGGCCCCCAAUAUUGCGUGUUUAAUACUCAAAUGACCGUUUCCUUGUAAUCGCUCAGAGUUCAGUUCAAUGUUCGUAAGUACGACGUUUCGUACCGGCUUCCUUAUUGCAGCCGCCGUCGAAGCUCGCUGAGAAUGUCUGGUCAACAUUACGUUCUGCGAUGGAACAACUACCAGACGAACAUGACAUCGGUGUUCCACCAGCUGCUGCAGAACGAAGCGUUCGUCGACGUGACGCUGGCAUGCAACGACUUAUCGCUGAAAGCGCACAAAGUUGUGCUGUCAGCAUGCUCGUCUUUUUUCCAAAAACUUCUUAUGGAAAACCCAUGCAAACACCCGACGAUCAUAAUGCCACAAGACGUGUGCUAUGCCGAUUUGAAGUUCAUCAUUGAAUUCGUCUACAAAGGCGAGAUUGACGUCACGCAAGCGGAGCUACAGUCGCUCCUGAAAACGGCAGACCAAUUAAAAAUCAAGGGGCUCUGCGAUACGCCAGACGAACAAGUCUACAUUGGCAACACAUCGGCGUCGACCGUCACUGGUGAAUAUCCCAAGUUGCGACGGCUCUCCUCACCGAAGCAUCGGCCGGAUUACUGUGACCACAAGAAAACCAAAGGCAAGAAGAACGACAAAGCGCCCGCCGGCAAGGAACCAGAUGCUGGUACCUCCACGACGACAACAACGACAACUGCCAAUGACGACGACUUACACCUGCAUACUGAACAAACCAAAGAGAAUGACAGAACAUUGACUGCAAGAGAUGAUGAUAAGGGAAGGAAGCGAUUGAACGCGGAACAGAAUCUUCUGAACAUGAGCAGUAAUGCUCUGCUGACUGGUCAAUUGCUAUUUUCGCAAUUUGGAGUGGAUAAUGAAGAUUUUUCACCCGACCCUCCGGCCCCAAUGGCCAUCCCCGUAGGACAUGUCGAGAUGCAGGAGCAUUCACCAACGCGGACGUUGCUAACCAAUUCGUCCUUGCAUCGCACGGAUUUAUCACGUAAGCGAUUUUAUCGUUUUCCGCAAGUACGUAGUUUCAAUUUCGCGCUCCUUUCAGACACUCACCUUAAAGACAUUAAACGAGAAAUAAAAUUUGAAACGCUCCACUCGUCGUACUCAUCCGAAUCUCUGCUGGACAUUGAUAGCCACAUGUCGGCGCACUCAAUGGACAGCCAUGACGGGCAUGAUCCAAAUAGCCACACAACAAUGAUGAUAACACCCGAGUUGACCAGUUUGAUGCCACUUGGAACAAUCAGCGAUCACAGUAUGAAAUCAAACGGGCAUUCAGAACAUUCUCACAGUUCGCGGCACAGUGCGGGGCCGAAAACAUGGACACAAGAGGAUAUGGAGCGGGCGUUGGAUGCUCUCAGGAAUCACAACAUGAGCCUUACAAAGGCGUCAUCAACUUACGGCAUUCCAUCCACCACUCUCUGGCAGCGUGCGCAUCGGCUAGGUAUUGACACACCAAAGAAAGAAGGUCCUACAAAGUCCUGGACGGAAGAAAGUCUGAAUUGUGCACUGGAUGCAUUACGCACCGGGACAAUAUCUGCGAACAAAGCGAGCAAAGCGUACGGUAUACCAUCGAGCACGUUGUACAAAAUUGCAAGACGUGAAGGUAUUCGAUUGGCAGCACCUUUCAACGCCGCGCCCACGACGUGGACACCGGAAGAUUUAGAAAAGGCUUUAGAGUCGAUACGCUCAGGACAAACAUCCGUGCAACGGGCUAGCACGGAGUACGGUAUUCCCACGGGUACAUUGUAUGGUAGGUGCAAACGUGAAGGUAUUGAGUUAUCCCGGUCGAAUCCCACGCCUUGGUCGGAAGAUGCUAUGGGCGAAGCACUGGAAGCAGUGCGCCUAGGUCACAUGUCCAUCAACCAAGCCGCGAUUCACUACAACCUUCCUUAUUCAUCACUGUACGGCCGAUUCAAACGGGGUGCCAAGUACGAUUCCGACUCCACUGACCUCAACGUCGACUCACACUCUCAGCAUGAAGGAUCGUCGAUGAUGCUCGAUUACACAAACUCGCAUAAUUCCCAAGUACAAUAUCACAAUCAUACAAAUAGCUGAAAAAAAUCACAUUAGUCGUAUUUAUGUAAUUAUCUUAUCAUCGACGUAUUCUAAGUUAUUACUACUGAUUUUCUUUGUGUUAAAUUAUUGAGAAUUACUUAAUAAGCAUGAAGCCAUUUACUUUGCGAAUCAUUCAUGUCUACGAUAGUUGCAAUGCGUCCCAAUGUGAUAUAUUUUUCAGGGACUUGACAUGAAUGAUGAGCAUCACGACGUAUAAUACGGUUACUUUUUUACGUUUGGUGAUAAAAAUUGAUCUUAAAUGAUGAGAAUUAUGAGUAUUAUUAACUAAACUGAUUACUAUAUUGGUAUAAAUUUAAAUUCGAAUCGUUUCGAGAUGAUAUUGUAAGCUGUAAGUUGCCGGCAAGGCGAACACAAAUAGAUUGUAUAAAAUAGGAAGAAGAACGGUAAUGCAAAAACGUUGUAUUCUAAGUAACUUUAAGCAUAAAUGAUUUAUGUAGAAUUUAUGAAAGGUAAAUAUAGUGCAAUAAUACUAUUGCAGUGAAAUGAUAAUUACGAUUGUUUCUAAUUGAGUAAGGCUAUUAUUUAUUUGUUUACUUAAUUUGCGCCGUUAUCGUAGUCUCAGUACUUGGACAGACACAAAUUGGUGUUAAGAAAUGUAAUGUGCCUAAUAUCGAGAAGUUUGUGUAAGACACUUAUAUGCCGUAUCUGUAACAUUGUAUAUGUACAUGCAGAUUGCAUUAUCAUAUAAUACUAAAGUAAUACACCAUAAAUGAACUACUUGUCUUGAUAACACGAACUGAAAUCUGUGUUUGUUGAUUGUCACUUCAAUUCGAAUAUUUAUUUGUUUAUUUUUGUCAUUCAUGUUAUAAAUGUUUUGUUAAUAUUCUUGAAAUAUAAAAUACACAACUCAA